AAAUGAGAAACAAAGGAAAACACAAGACCUCCUAUUCCCCAUGGCGACCGAAGAGGGUUCCGGCGGCGGCGGCGCCGGAGCCGGGGAGAAGAAGAGCUCGCAGGUGCCUGCAAAGCCUGGAGCGGGCGGCGCCGGAAAGUUCCUCGCGGGCUUGCCGUCGCGUGGCAACUUCUCCUCGGGCUCCGGCUCCUCCAACCUGGGAGGGUUCAGGGUUUACGUCUGCGAGCACAGCACGGAUCCCCCAGAAGGACAAGUUAUAAAGACGGAUUCAACAAAUAUUUUAAUCAGGCAUCUCCAGUUGAACAAGCAGAAGAGUGAGGUCAAAGAUGCGGAUUCCAGGACUCCAGGGGAAAACAACAGAGGGAAAAGGUCUGCUGCCAGAAGUUUGGAUGUCAACAAUUCAGCAAAGAGGGCUAACUUGGGUACUUCCUCUGGAUCAUCAGCCUGUGAAGAAAUUUCUGGCUUUUCACAGCACACACUGCAAUCAUUUACAGUGGAGAGGUUACGUGCACUUCUACGACAAAGCGGUCGAUCGACCAAAGGGAAAAAGGAUGAACUGAUUGCUCGCUUACGGGAGUCACAGGGUUGACACGAGUCUCGCACUUGUUUGGUCAACCAAACCCCUGCAGGCAGGGUUACGACCAAAUGAGUCUCAGGCUGUACUUGUCAGUGGCUGUUCUGUCAAGAUUUAUUCCGAUGUAGUGGCAUAUGUAGGUUGAGACUUUGCCGGACCUUAUUUAUACUCGGAAUUUUUUAAGUAGCUGUUAUCUGUCAACCGUCAUGUAUUCCCUGUUUUCUCAUACCCGGUAGAUUUAGAAAUUCAGGUAUGUGAAUUCAAUGCUAAGGUGCAUUUUGCAUCUGCUCUUUUUGCUAAGUUGAUUCACCUCUGUAUUCUGAUUGCUGAAUUCUUGUGCCUAGUGCUGCAAAUUGAAGAUAGUAGCAGUCACGUCGGCGGUGUUUCAGUCAGAAUAUAUCUGCUUGACUGUAUCUUGGAACAGCUAUUGGUGGUGAUGGUCCAA